AUGGCUACGGCUCCUGCAAGCACUCCAGUGACUUCGGACUUCUCUUCCACUGCGCCGUUGAAACGGACGAAGAUCGUUUUGUUAGGUGACCAGUCCGUUGGAAAGACAUCCCUAAUAACACGUUUCAUGUACGAUACAUUUGACAACACCUACCAAGCUACGAUUGGGAUAGAUUUCUUAAGUAAAACGAUGUACCUUGAAGAUCGCACCGUCAGACUGCAGCUAUGGGAUACGGCGGGUCAAGAACGAUUCCGUUCCCUGAUCCCUUCAUACAUUCGUGACUCAUCAGUCGCCAUUGUCGUGUUCGACAUAACGAAUCGAGCUUCUUUCCUUUCAACGACAAAAUGGAUCGAAGAUGUUCGUUCAGAACGUGGAUCAGAUGUACUCAUCGUCCUAGUAGGCAAUAAGGCCGACCUUUCGGACAAGCGCCAAGUCACUCUUGAAGAGGCUCAGGCGAGGUCGACGGAACUCAGCCUUACAAUGUUCAUGGAGACAAGCGCGAAAGCUGGGCACAACGUGAAGAGUUUGUUCAAGAAAAUCGCAAUGGCAUUACCAGGUGGAAAUGAGAAUGCAAACCAGACACCGGCAGAUGGGAACCAAAAGAUUGAAGUCACUUCACAGAACAACACUCAGGUCCCAGACGCUUCUACAUGUAACUGCUAA